AUGAAAUCAAAACAACACUCUCUUCUCCUCCUCCCCGCCGCCCAUUCGUAAGACCGGAAGGAUGGACGUUCGUUCACUUUUAGACAAUCCGAGGAUCAACCGACCGGAACGGAGGACGCGCUAGUGGCUCGGGAACUGGCGCGUCAUAAAGCGGACAUCGCUGCAAUCAGUGAGACCUGGGUCUCCGAACAAGGCCAACUGGAGGAUGUUGGUGCCCGGCUAUACCUAUUUCUCGAGUAGCUGUCCCAAGACAGAGCGACGGGACGCGGGUGCCGCCUUUGCCAUCCGAAACGACAUCGUGGAACGACUGCCCUUUCUGACGCAGGUCAUCAUCAGUCGCCUGAUGAGCCACCUCCCGCUCUUCGGGGAUGCAAAUUCGCCACGAUCAUCAGCGUCUACGCACCGCCGCUGACCAGCCCUGACGCCGCAAAUGACAAAUUCAACGAGGACCUGCAUGCUCUCCUGGCGACUGUGUUGAAGGCGAAUAAGUUGAUUGUCCUCGGUGACUUCAACGCCUGCGUCGGUACAGACCAUGCUGCCUGGAGAGGAGUGCGGGUCCCCAUGGUCUCGAGGGCUCUAAUGUCAACGGCCUGCUCCUCCUACAAACCUGCAUAGAACGUCGGCUCACUCUGGCCAAUACCUUCUUCUGCCGGCCGAUGCGAAAGAGGACCACCUGGAUUCACACUCGGUCGCGUCAGUGCACCUGCUUGACUAUGUCCUUGUCUGGAGGCGAGACCAGCGGGACGUGCUGGUAACAAAGGCGAUCAUGGAUGCCGACAGGCGGACCAAUCAUCUUCUCGUCAUCUCGCAAAUGCGAAUUCGCCUACAGCCUCGCUGGAGACCCCAGGGUAAGCGAACCCCAGGUGCGCUGAAUAUUGCUUUGUUGUCUUUGCCUGCUCACCAUCUCCAUCUCAGCAACGAGCUAGCUCAACGACUAGACAACCUACCGGUUGCCACCGUCUCCAUCGAAGAGUACGCAUUUGUUGAGAACUGAUGGUGAAAACUGCGGGAUGUAGUGCAAGCGACAUCCAUGGCUGUCCUCGGUCGCGUACGUCGUUAACACUAGGACUGGUUUUAUGACAACGACGCCGCCAUCAGCAACCUGUGCGCCAAGAAUAACCGCCUGCACAAAGCCUACGUCGACCGCCCCACUGACGACAACAAGGCAGCUUUCUAUCGCAGUCACCGUCUUGUGCCAGAGCGGCUACGCGAGAUGCAGGACACCCGGGCGGCUCACCAAGCCGAGGAGAACUAAGGGUUCGCCGAACGCAGCGAGUGGAAGUACUUCUUCUCCGCGAUCAAAGCCGUCUGCGGUCCGCCAACCACAGGCACUGCACCUCUUCUCAGCGCCGACGGCCAUACCCUACUCAGUGAGGAGACACAAAUUCAAAAGCGAUGAGCAGAACACUUCAGAGGGGUCCUUUACCGUCCCUCCACCAUCUCCGACACCGCCAUCGCCCGUCUGCCUCAAGCGGAGACCAACACCGGCGUCGAUCCCCGCCCUCUUUCCGUGAAACCAUCAAGGCCGUGCAGCAGCUCUUCAACGGUAAAGCGGCCGUAUCGGAUGCGAUCCCUACUGAUAUCUUCAAAAAAUAUGGUCCCCAACUCAUGGAUAAUCUGAUGGCACUAUUCCUGUAGAUGUAGCAUCAAAGGGAAUCCCCCCCCCGGAUUUCACGGACGUCACAAUCAUGCAUCUAUACAAACGGAAAGGAAACUGCCAAAUCUGCGGCAACCUUCGAGGCAUCUCUCUGGAAAAAUUAUCGCGAAAAUCUUCGCUCGCAUCCUUUUCAACCGUCUGAACAGCCACCUAGUAUAAGGUCACCUGCCGGAAAGCUAGUGCGGCUUCCACUGUCAUUGUGAGAUUACAGACAUGACCGUGGCCUGCCGUCAACUGCAGGAAAAGUGUCAGGAAAUGCGGACCCACAUGCACUCUGUAUUCGUAGAUCUUUCGAAAGCCUUUGAUAGGAUAAAUUGCAAAGGACUGUGGAAAAUCAUGCUGAAGUUUGGCUGCCCCGAACGGUUCACUCAGAUGGUGCGUCAGCGCCAGAACGGCAUGAUGGCACGCUGCAGAUCUGCCUCAGAUGUAUUUGCAGUGGCCAAAGGAGUGAAGCAGGGUUGCGUCCUCUCAUCCACAGUCUUGAUUCUCAUGUUUACUGCCAUAUUGAUGGACGGAUACCCUGACGGAUGCCAUGGGAUCUGCAUCUUCUACAGGAAUGACUGCCAACUCCUCAACUUCCGUUCAUGAACUCCUCUUUUCCGACGACUCUGGCCUUAACACUUUCUCAGAAGGGGACAUAAAAAGGGGCAUGGAUUUCUUCACUGCUGCCUGCGAAAAAAUCGGUCUAAUCAUCACCACGGAGAAGCCAUUGGUUAUGCAUCAAGUGCCACCCGACGCUGCCUACCCCGCACCCCAAAUCCGCGUGGAUGGCGCCCAGUUGUUGACAUCUUCACAUAUCUGGGCGGGACGCUCACCCGAAACACCAAAGACGACUAGUGGUUGUUGUUUCUAGAGUAUUUUGAGUUGACCUCGGGGCCGCGGUGGCCGUGUUUCUUCUAGCCGGCCUGUAGCUGCCCACCCGUACGCCAGCCAUCAGCCUUCGAUGGACAUCAACGCAAGCCACAAAAUAACUCAUAGUCACUGCCCGCCUCAUUUCCAAAGCCAGCCAUGCCUUCAGCCGUCUACAGAACAGCGCCUGGAGCUGUCACAGUCUCCACCCCAACACCCAACCUAAGAUGUACAAGGCAAUCAUCCUACCGACGCUGCUGAACGGAACGGAGACCUGGGCGGUUUACAAGAAGCAGGCACGGCGGCUCAAGCACUUCCACCUCAGCUGCCUUCGACGGAUAUUGAAGGUGAGGUGGCAAGACCGAAUACCCGACAAGAAUGUACUGAAGCGAACAGGUAUCCUCAGUAUUUACGCCACGAUGAGUCAACUGCAACUUCGUAGGAGCGGCGAUCGCUCGUGGAUGGAUGACGAGCGGCUACCCAAACGACUCUUCUACGGAGAUGCCGUCACAGGUUCUCGCCGCCAAGGAUGUAAAAUCCGUCGAUACAAGGACACUACGAAGCCCUCCUUGAAGGGCCUGCAGAGAAAACUGACCGAAUAG